AUGGUACGACCGUCGUACGACAUCGUACGAGGUCACACGACCAACGCACGACUGUCAGCUUCUCGGCAGACAAUCGUAGUGAAGUCGUACGACCUCGUACGAAGGUCGUACGAUGUCAUCAUGAACCAAGCGUGUAAUUUGUCGAUGGCCGACGAUGGUUGUUCAAAUGCAACAGAUGUGCCCUAUGCCAAUCCGUACUCGAUCAGUAACUGGGGAUGGACGAUCAAACAGGUCUGUACGCCGGUGAUCGUCCUUGUCGGAAUCGUGGGCAACUGUCUCUCCUUUAUCGUGAUGAAGUCCAAGCUGCUGCGACACCGCUCCUAUAGCCACUACCUGUGUGCCCUGGCUGUGUUCGACAGCCUCACGCUGCUUGGCCAGGAACUCGAGGUUGUGGAUGCCUUUCUGAGAGAUAUCAAGAAAACGGGACUUUUCCUGCACUUCAACGCUUCUGGCUGCAAGAUAUUUACUUUUGCAGAGUCCGUCUGCUACUUGAUGUCUUCUUGGCUUGUCGUCUGCAUGGCUUUGGAGAGAGUCCUCGUGGUUUAUACCCCUUUCCGGAAGCACACGAUUUGCACGCAGAGGGGCGCUGUGGCUGUAAUUCUAGCUCUGUUUGUUUUCGCGGCCUACACUCAACUGUUUCGUCUGAUAAUGGUAACUAAGGUGCGAGACCGCUGUGAGAGCGCCUCGUACUUCACCGAGGAUUUUCUCAGACUCCACAUCUACUUCUAUCAACUAUGCCUCGCCUUCGCGUUUCCAAUACUCUGUGUGUUCGUGUGCAACGUCAUGGUUCUGUGGAAGAUUAAAAAGGUCGGGAAGGCUGCCGCCGGUGAGAACUCCACUUCUACCAGACUCGCCCGCGGAGCUGCCAAGAGACACAAGACCACCAUGAUGCUUUUGACAAUAUGCUUCACGUAUAUUCUCACGUUAUUCCCCACUGUUCUGUUAACCAUCCUCAUAAUCGUUGUUAUUAGGGUCAGCGAUGGCUUGACCGCCAGGGAUUUUCUCAUUCAGGUGUCACCAUGGAAGGACCUGUUUAUCGUCAUCACUGCAAUUAACUAUGCUGCAAAUUUCUUUAUUUACGUCUUGUCGGGCAAGCAUUUUCGCCUGCAGCUCAGGCAUAUGUUCUACAGGGAGAGGAGUUCCUUGGUGAACAAUACAAAGACUAGAGAAGAGAUUACUCUAAUGUGA